AUGAUUGUCGACGCCGGCCACCUCUUCACCGACCAAAAAAUCAACCUCACCUACCCUUCCCAACUCCUCACCGUUCUCGAAACCCUCAAACGUCCGCUCUUCAUCCUAUUCAUCCCCUCUGCCUCAGACGAAUCGCCUCCAGAUCCAGCCGUCAAUUGGCGUUGUAGCAAAGAAGACGCCUAUGAAGUCGUCUGUCGCGAAUUCGGUAAAGGUCCUACUCCACGAUACCUCGCCGUUUUGGAAGUUGGUAAUAAGGAUGAAUGGACUUCACCAACAAACAUUCUAAAAUCCCGUUACAAAAUCACAACCUGUCCCCUCCUCCUCCGUACCCAACUAACGACCCUCAAACCCUCAACCGAAACCGGUAUCCAAACCGUCCAAUUCACACAAUUCGACGACAUCCCCCACAAACUACGAUUCUUCAAAAAGGCAGACAUCUCCCACCUCCCGACCUCACACUCCCUCUACAAAACGGAAAUUUACGAAUCGAGAGAUAAAGAUGAUGGAACGUUAUGGGACGGAUGGGAUUAUAGAUUUGAUAUAAUAUCGUAUCAAAACAAUCGAAGAAGGAAACAGACGAUUGCGAAGGAGAGGAUGAAGAUGAGGUAUUUGCGGGAGAUUGAGGAUUUGAGGGAGGUUGAUAUGGAGAUUAUGAAGUUUAUGGAUGAGGGUCAUGAGGUUGGGGGGUUUGGAAGUGGUGGUUGUGGUGGUGGUGGGUUUAGGUAUGAAGUUCCUGAGAAGGGGCUCGCGCCGUCGAUUAUUGAGACUGAGGGAGGGGAACAUCAUUUAAAUCGUGUUGAGACUUUGGAGGAAGAAGAAGGGGAUGGAGAAGGGUUUGUGGUUGGGAAGGUGGAGGUUAUGGAGAGUGAUGAUAGUGAGGAUGAGAAGAGGAGGAGGAAGGGGAAGAAGAAGUGGAGGGGGGAUGUGGAGUUGGAGAGUGCACUCGGAGAGGGGGUUGAGAAGGUUGAUUUUGAGAAGAGGUUUGAAGUUUUAGAUUAA